UUGACCAGUGGAGCUGGAGUAAUCAAUAUUUCUUCGCAAAUAACUAAUUGACAAAUAUUGCAAUUGAUGGGCAGUUCUUGCUUCCUUAACUAUCAGUUACAGUAGCAAAAACUGUUUGCGUGGCGUGUUCUGAAGUUGAAUUUAGCCAAAAUUGGCAAAUAAUUGCCGUUAUUGUUUCAAUGCUGCUUAAAAAUGGGCGAAAACACGUUUACAGAGCCUAGUUUUGAAACCGAGCUCUCCAUUUUGUUUUUGGGCGAAACUACCUGUGGGAAAUCGUCCCUGAUUCGGGCGUUUUUGGGGGAGAAUUUUCUGUUUAAAUUGCCCCCCAGCGUCGGAGUGGAUACCAGAGAUCGAAUUAUGAAACUAGAAGAAGACAGUCUAGUGGUGAAGAUGCGGUUCCUGGAUGCGGGAUGCCGCGCCACUUUCCAGACGGUUGUUAACUCGUAUUACCGAGAGGCCGACUGUUACGUAAUUGUGUUCGACUUGCAAAAACGAGACACGUUCGAAAAAGUGCAAAAUUGGCUCGACUCAAUCGUCGACAAAGGCGGCGACAUAAGCCGAAAACUUUUUGUCAUAAUCGGAAACAAAAUGGACCUCGAAAGCCGAGUUCCUCUCUCGGAAAUCGAAAAAUUCUGCGACGACUGUGCACAGAAACCGCUGAUGUUUUUGACGUCGUGCAAGAGCGGAGAAAAGGUUGAGGACGCCUUUCAUGACAUCGCCAAGGAGUGUAUUCGGAAAGGCCUUGGCCGAGACGCGAACAAUGUUGGGAAAAGUACAAAGGAGAUUAGUCCAGAGUCAGACCCGAAUCCGAAUUCGAGUUCUUCUGAUGGGGGCUGUGGAUGUUGAAAUACCCAUAGUUUACUCAAACUAAAUUAGAAAUAUAUU